CUGUUCCUGGUUUCAGUUGACAGCUGUUUUAUAGGUAGAUCAACUCCAGCAGGACACCGAGCGGUAAAGUCACAGCUUUGUUAGAAUCGGUCCUUUGUAUGUGGAGUUUAAGAGGCAUUCAGACAUGAGGUCGCUGACCUUGGAAAAGAUGGAUGUGGCCUCAGGAGAGCAGCAACAUCUGCCCACAUGUGGAAGCAGUCUGACCUCCAACUACUGUCCGCCAAGUUUGGAGAAUAAGAUUUUAAUGCAGGCCUCAGCAACAAAUCCCCAACCCUGGUCCUCGCUCUUUCCUACGCAACCUUCCUCCCAUUCUUCUCUUCAGCCAACCAGUCUGUCCUCCACCUCCUCCUUUCUUCUCUCCUCCUCUUGCUCAGCUGAUUCCCCCCUCCUCAGCACCCACAACAAACUCCUAACAACUAGUUCUAGCCUUACUCCUUCCUUGACCUCCACUGUUCCCUCAAACCCUUUGGUCUUCUCAACACUGACCGGGAACCUUCAGGUCUCUGGUUCUUAUUCAUUCCUGAAGAGCAAUCUGAGUGGAGAAAAGAAGAUUGAUGAAGAAGCAGAGGAUGAGGAUGAUGAGGAAAUCUCAGAGGAUAUGCAAUCCUCUUUUGAGGAAACAAGCGUGCUGGAUGAAGACCAGAUGUCUGAAGAGGACGGCGGUGGAGGAGACGCUGAGACCGCCGCAGAGUUACCGGUCAUCGACAUGGAGUGGAGGGACCAUGAGGGCGAUGACGCUGGGAUGAUCAAGCAGGAGGAAUUUGCAGAGCUAGAUGGAGGAACCCAAAGUGCUUUGGAAGACUUGAAAGAUAAAAAGUACCUUCUGUUGAACGCAGUCUGCUGCUCUCUGGUUAAUAAGAGCAAAGCUCCUGGCCAGCAGGACUGGGACUCAGAGAACAGUGUUUGGACCAGAAUCACUGAUCUGGCCAAGGACAUCUCUGUUGGUGACCCACAGUUUCUUCUUAAGGUUGCAGUUUACAGCCGACAGGAGUUAAACAUCCGAAUCACUACAAACUUCCUAUUGGCUCUGGCUGCCAGUCUGAACUCCACCAAGCCUCAUGUUCGCAGAUAUUUCUGUGCUGCAGUGCAGCUCCCCUCUGACUGGCUGGAAGUGGUCAGAAUCUACACUACGUGCUUCAGCCCCAGCCUGCCGACGUGUCUGAAGAAGGCCAUGGUCGACAAGUUUAAGCAGUUCAAUGAGUACCAGCUGGCCAAAUACAACACACGCAAACACCGCUGUAAACACAACCGGCAGAAACCAAAACGAAAGAAACCAACUUCUGCAGAUUUUAAACAAUGGGCUAAAUUCCUCAAUUCUGAACCAGAAGUUCUGAAGAAAUAUCUCCAGGUGGAGGAUGGCAGAGUGGUGGUGGAUAAAAAACAGGGCGAGUUCAGCCUGAAGAAGCUGAUCAAGAAGCUUCACAUUAAGGAGCCUGCUGACCUUGUUAUGGCCAUUCUUGGAAAAAAGUAUCCCAGUGAUGCGAAGGCGUUCAUCCACAGCGGGAUAAAGGGUGUGUGGGACCCAGACAGAGCCGGACAGCGGAUGAAGCUCAAAGAGCCUCAGACGUGGGAACGACUGCUCAGUAUGGAGGGCAACAAGGCCGCCACCUGGCAGAAGCUCAUAGACAGCAGAUCUCUUCCCUUCAUGGCCAUGUUGAGGAACCUAAGGAACAUGAUCACUAAGGGAAUCAGUGAGGCUCAUCACAAAAAGAUCCUCAGCAGGCUGACCAAUAAGAAUGCAAUCAUUCAGAGCCGACAGUUUCCUUUCAGAUUCCUCGCAGCUUACAAAGUUAUCAUGGAGCUUCGCGCUUUAGCCUCUGCGUCUGAGAAAGCGAUCCCAUCAACCAAAGAAAUCCUGGUGAGCAUCCUGAAGAAGAUUCCCAAAAGCAGGCGCAGCAAGAGCCAUGACUGGCAGACGUGUAAGAAGAGGGGACUGAAACUGACACUUGGUGUGCCGUUUAUCUACCGGCUGUAUAAAAACAAGAAGGCCCAGCUUCUAAAGGCCAGUCAGAGGCUGUACAGCGUCGACCUGUUGGACCGCUACCGUAAAGCCCUGGAGACGGCCGUUCAGAUCUCCUGCUCCUACAACGUGCCCCUGCUGCCUGGCAAAACCAUCAUUUUAGUCAUGGCUGACACUUGCAGUGACGAGUCCUGGAGCAAGAAGCAGGACUUUUGCCUCCCUCAUGACCCCGAUGAACAGGAAGACGAGGAGGACCAGGAAGAAAAGGGCACCAGAAAGCACGGGGGAAACGAGGAAGCGCACAACCCCCUCACUCCGACUAUGGAUGAGGUUUUGGCUUUACUCGCCUUGAUGAUCAAGAGCAGGUCUGAAGAUUGCCGGCUCUGCUUAAGUCAUUACAGCUGCGGUAAGGAAGUUGAGCUGAGUUCAGACGUUCUUUUGGAAAACGUCAGAAGCCUGGUCAAAGAAUUGAAGGACUUCGGCAACAAUAAUGAAGAACAGGAUACCAGUUUCUACUACAGGCUGUUUUCAAAGAAAAACAAGGUGGAUAACAUCAUCACGUUCAGACAGUCUUGGCUGGAAAAGGACUUGGAAUGUGCUAUCAAGAACUACAGAAAGGAAAACAAAAAAACCCUUUAUUUUGAUUUCGUAUUAGUGGAUGGGUCAUCUGGAGAAUCGGAGAAGCCUCGAGACAGGAAUGCUGUGGAGCUGAGAGGCUUCAGUGAGCAAAUCCUGAGAUUUAUAACAGAGCGAGGAUCUUCUCGGCUGUUGGAUCAUGUCGAGAAUUUGGACAAAUUGUACAACAUCCCACCACCAGAUGGAGCCAAAGAGAAGCAGAUCUCCAACAACACCAUGUCAUUGCCAGCCAUCCCGAAGCUGAGAUGGAGAGGUGUUCGAGUGUUCAUCUCCUCCACGUUCAGAGACAUGCACGCUGAACGGGAUGUCUUGGUGCGCAGCGUCUUCCCUGAGCUCCGCCGCCGCGCCGCAGCCCACUGCCUCCACCUACAGGAGGUGGAGCUCCGCUGGGGCGUGACCGAGGAGGAGUCGGAGAGGGCCACGGAGCUGUGUCUUUCUGAGGUUUGCCGCAGCCAGAUGCUGGUUGGGAUCCUGGGGGAGAGGUACGGCCAGGUGCCCCCCCGCCCUGUCCUACCAGACCUGCCCCAGUACAGCUGGCUGGAUUCUGCUCCAGCUGGUCUCUCCAUCACAGAGAUGGAGAUCCGCCAGUUCCAGGCUCUUUAUCCCGACUCGGCAAACCAGCGGAUGUUCUGCUACUUCAGAGAUCCAGUGGUUAUCAAAUCAGUCCCUGUGGCUUGGAGAUCACAUUUUGCUUCUGAAUCAAAUGAGGCCGAGAAGAAACUGACUUCUUUGAAGAGACGACUUUUGGAUGAUGGAGUCAAAGUCACUGAAAAUUACUCAUGUAUGUGGGGAGGCGUAGUGGAGGGGAAACCAUACCUGAAAAAGCUGGAGGACUUUGGGAACGCUGUGCUCGAAGACCUUUGGGUGGCUGUGACAAAGCUGUUUGUGAAUGAGGAUGAAGAGGCAGAGACGGCCUUGGAGGUGUCUGAGCAGGAGGUCCUCCAGGGGGCGCUGCAGAAGCAGUUCUUUGGAAGGGCAAAGCUACUGUCCAAUGCUGUGGGGAAGGUGGAGCAGGUUCAGAACAAGGGAGGAAUGCUGGUGAUCGAAGGAGGACCUGGGGAGGGGAAAACUGUCUUCAUGGCUGCUCUAGCAGAAGCCAUCCGCAGUGGACUGAAGUCUAAAACAAAACUCUGCUGUGACGUCAUCUCUUACUCCACUGCUGCCAGCCAGUCGGCGCGCUCUGUGGGAAAUCUUCUUCGAUGCCUCGUACAGUGCCUGAGAGAGAUUAAACACACACAGGAAGAAUCACCUCUUCCUCACCUCUAUAAGGAUUUGCUGUCAGAAUUUCACUCAACCCUUGGAGAAAUGAAGAAGGACAAACCUCUGGUUGUGCUGGUUGAUGGAGUGGAUCUUGUCCAAGAUGACAAAGGACAGUUUAGUUCUGACUGGAUCCCACAGCUGCUUCCUCAAGGUGUCUGUUUAGUUCUGAGCAUCUCCUCCAAUACGCCUCUGCUGCAGACUUUAGUCAGGAAAAGAGGGACGGUCCUGUUUUCUUUGGGGCAGCUCAGUAUGCCAGACAAGAGAGAGAUUGUUCAGAAAGAGCUGGACGUUUUUGGGAAGAAGCUCAGCGAUUCUGCUUUUAACAAUCAGCUCCAGACUUUAAUAACAAAGAAAGGAGCGGUGAGUCCUCUCUAUCUGCACCUGGCCUGUGAAGACCUGAGGAACUUUGCCUCCUUUGAAAAGCUGAAGGAAACACUGCAAGAUUUACCUCAGUCUCUAAGCCUGCUGGUCCAGUACAGCCUGGAGAGACUCUGCAUCCAGUACAGAACCAUACCAGGGCUCCGUUUGACCCUUGCAGCCCUCACUGUCAGCAAUACUGGUUUAACAGAGCCUGAACUGUACUCUCUGCUGAGAACCUGUAAUGACCUGUCUUCACGGGGCGAGCAGAUGACAUGGGAGGAAGUGCUGCAUCUCUCCAGGAAGCCAAAAGGACGUAUUCCCAUGGCAGUUUUCACUCAGGUUGUUAGGAAUUUACAAAGUCUGACCGGUCUGUCUCAUUGCCAAUACACCAACGAUGUUUUGGCUCUGAACAACCCAGAGGUGAAGAGAGGCUUUGAGAACUUCCUCCUCCUAACAGAACAUGACAUAGCCAGAGCUCACCUCGUGCUGGCAGGUCAUCUGUGGGCGAUGGCUGACCCGGAGGGAAAACAUACCUUCCUUCGCUCUGAGGCAAACUCGGUCAUGCAUCUGCCUUCAAGCUUGAUUCAAAGCGGACAGCUGGGGGCUCUUCACUCCCUGCUCUCCAAUUAUUAUUUCCUGCGUGCCAAUGUGAGCCUCGGCCUCCUUCACCACCUUCUAGAGACAUAUGACCUUUAUGAUAAGGAGUCAACUACUACAGCUUUACUCGACCCAGAGGGACGCCUGGACGACUGUCGAUGUUUCCUGAAGCGCCACACCUCCACGCUCUCCCUGUGGCCGGCUCUAUUUAUCCAGCAGGCGCUCAACGAACCUCCAGAAACAUCAGCUCACAUCUGGGCUAAAGGCCUGGUAGGAAAAGCAGGAGUCUGUGUGAUCGAGUGCCUAAACAGCAGCAAAGAUUAUGCUGAAGAAGGGAGUGAGCUGGUGUCAACCUUCUCCUCUGAACCCACCUGUGUGGUCCUGAGUCCAGACAAACGGCUGAUUGUGGUUGCUACGGGACGGGGAUCGCUGCACGCUGUCAGUGCACAGACUGGUCAGGAAGUAAAGUCACUGGUGAGCAGCUGUGACGGCAUCUCCAGCUGUGUCUUCCUAAACGAUGCGCAGCUCGCUUCCACCUCCUUCGAUGGACGGAUAGAAGUGUGGGACAUGCAGAACGGAUGCAGGACGGCUUUGAUUGAAGGCCACACUAAUACAAUAACAGCGAGUGACAUCACCCCGGACAGGAAACACCUCGCAACUGUGUCCCUUGAUCACACACUUAAGGUGUGGGCUGCCGCUAAAGCUAACGAGGUAGCCUCUCUGCCCAGCACCAGCCCUCUGAACUGUGUGACCUUUGACCCUGAGGGUUACCUGCUUGCUGCAGGAUGCUGGGAUGGAAGCAUCAUCGUGUGGAACUGGUUACAGAAUCACAUACAAGCUUCUCUGUGCGGCCACCGGCGAUCUGUGCGCAGCCUCUCCUUCUCCCCCUCUUCCUCCAUGCUCUGCUCCGGCUCCAUGUCCGGAGAGGUGAGGGUGUGGUCGACGUCCACCUCCACCUGUGUGGGAUGCUUUCAGGCUCACUGCGGAACCACUGAGAAGCUCACAUUCCUGGAGGAAGGAUCCAUGCUGCUGAGCGCAGGCUCCGAUCACACGCUCCAGCUCUGGUCAGGAGGACUUGGACGAUCAGUCGCUUCUUUAAAAAGUGAUGAAUGUGAGUUUGAGCCACCUCAGAAGAAGAAAAAGCUAACCUCUGAGGCAGCUGCUCUCUGCGUGGCGAUUGAUGGAGACUAUGCCGCCGUUGGUUACCACGGAGACGGCAUCAAACUCUUCAGGGUUGAUUCAGGAGAGAAGAUGUGGGUAUCUGCAGAUCUCAGUGCCUCAGUACAUUGCCUGCUGUGGGUUCACCUGGACCCAGAGCAGAGCAAGCCGGAGCUGCUGCUUUCAGGAGGAAGCGACAAAUGUUUGAGGCUGUGGAGGAAAACCGAAGGAGAAGAGGGAAUGCUUGAAGGCCUGAUACACCUGAAAACAUUUGGGGUGCAAAAAGAAAGCAUCCUGGCAGUGGAGCAAAACUCCACUGUUUUGGCUACAGCUUCAGAUGAUUUCACCAUCGCUCUGUGGCCUUUGAAGGACCUAACCGAGAACUCCUCCAUUAAAGUAUCAGCUGUGCUGAGAGGACACCAAGGAGGAGUCACCUGCAUGGCUUUCAGCCCUGAUGGUUCUCAGCUCCUUUCAGGUGGAAAAGAUAAGGCUUUAAUGUUGUGGAAUCCCGACCCUUUUCAAGCGGCUCUUCUGAAAUCCUUCCCUCACUGUCACCGAGACUGGAUCACCGACUGUGCCUGGACCCCCGACUGCACUAUAAGCUCAUCAAAUGAUGGGAGGCUUUGUUUUUGGGACUUAGAAACAGGUUCCUGUCUCAGAGAAAUCUCCUGGAGGAACCCACUUUCCUCAGUCUGCUGUGUGGGGCCGCAUGUAAUCGCUGGCUGCUCAGAGGGGACGCUGCAUGUUUGGAAGUGGCAUGACAAAACUGAAAUCUGCCACAUAUCUGCUCACAAGGAAAAGAUAAACUACUGCCGCCCCGUCCCAAACACAGUCCCGGAGAAGGAAACCAAACCAGAGGAGCUGACAGUUUUCACUGCAUCUGAUGACGGCUCCGUCCAGCUCUGGAAACCUUUGCAGGUUGAGCACUUACACGCCUUCCUGGGUCACAGUGGUGCCGUUCAUGGAGUGGCUCAAAAAGGAGGAGUCCCAGAGUUUCUGACUGUGUCUGAAGAUGGUUCACUGAGAUGCUGGAAAACAGAUACUGCUGCCAACCUGAAAGGCCCCAUCUCAGCCCUGUGCUUCUCCAAGGAUGGGGACUUCCUGCUGGUUGGCUACGAGUCUGGUUUGCUGGAGCUGUGGCAGAAUAACUCGGUGGUUGAGCAUAAGCAGGUAUCCGACGGCCCCAUCACAGCCGCCUGUUCCAUGCCUGACAGUCAGUUCGCUGUCACCUACAUGAACACCAUGGUUGUUGAUGUGUGGAAGAUGGUGUGGAAUCAACAAUACAGCAAAGCUUGCCUGGUGAAGGUGAAGAGCCACAAACAGAUCCACCCGACGAUACGCCUCUUCUACAGCUCCAUGCUGAUCGGCGUCACCAACCUGGGACAUAUGUGUGAUGUGACCAGUGAAGACCAAGACCAGUGGGGGAGUUCCUGCUCAGUCUGGAGUCAGAGCGUCAAUGUUCUGAGUGUGGUUCGCAAUGAUGAAAAAAGUGUGUGGUUGACUGGCGAAGGCGGCGAAGAUGGUAGCCUUGGCUUUUUUUUUGGCAUGGGCUCCUCAACUGAAAUAGCGACGUCUUUCUGCUCAGUGACAAUGAAGUUCAGUGACGAGAAGGAAAAAGUGGAGAAAAAACAAAGCACUAUAACAGCCAUGACAGUGGAUCAAGAGUUUGUGGUGUGUGGAGAUGAUGAAGGCAACAUGUGGUUCAAUCAACAUCCAGACAUUUCAUCAUGGAGCAAAAGAAAACCUGUCCAUCUGGACAGGAUCAGUGAGCUGAAACUCACUGACAGCGUCAUCAUCUCCGCCUCCUAUGACCGCACGCUGAAGCUGUGGGACAGAAACACCAAGAAACAGGUGGGAAUGUUUGUGUGCGGCGGUCCUGUUCUGUUUCUGGAGCUGAACCCAAGAAAACCCAGUGAGCUGGUCUGUGCUGAUGGACAGGGGAAGCUUUACUUCCUCUCCUGGAAGGAUUAGACGUCCUAUCAAAUCCCUUGCACACAUUAGCAAACUGCUUACCAAAGAUUUGUUUAGUCCUCACAAAGUGCAAUGCUUGAGUAAAGAAGACUUUAAUACUAACGAUUGCUGCAUAUUAGAAGGAAUAACUAUUUGUGUUUUUCAUGUUUAAUUUAAUCUUUGUUUAGACGUCUGAGACUCAGAGGCUGUAUGUCGUCUGAUUAGAUCUAUUUUUGUUUUUUGUCAGGUUUAUUAUCCAACAAUAAAUUGAAAAUGAAUAAUAAUUCAACCACCUUAUUCCUUGCAAUAAAUCUCCUGAAAGGUCUUAGAUUUUAGUACAUUUAUCACAUUCCAGCCACACUGACUGCUUCGGUUGUAUCAUUUGUUGAAGUGCAUUUGUUUGCGUUUAACCUUGAAACAACAUUUCAUUCAUUGAAGUUUUAGAUGGUAGUUGCUGCUAAUCCUGAGGAUAUUAAAAAAAUAUCCUCAUAUACGUCUAAUAAAAA